GACUUUCUUUCCUGGUUUGUAUUUUUGUUGUGAAUCUCUGUGGCACCGAGGUGACUUAGCUUUUUUUUUACAUGUAAUGUUGGUAAACUUCCGACCUUCAACAAAAUAUUCAUUUUUCGUUUCUGUUUCCAUUUGAUGAUUAAGAGCAUGUCAUCGCAAUUGUUUUUUUUAUCGAUGUCAUGAGUGACGCAACUCAGCUUUGAUGUCUACCAAACCUCUUUCUGUAGCUAACUCGCGUUUGUUAAAAUUUAAAGCAACAAAGGUAAGAAGUUCUAGGAAAGUUUGUGACGAGAGAUUAGCAUGCAGAGGAAACAAACCGUAUGCUGUAUUUUAUUGUAAACAGUGCGAUUCUAAUCAGUGUGAAGCCUGCGAAGCUUUAUUACACGAAGAUUUUCGUUUAAAUUUACACGACAGAGAAGUAAUAUCGGAACCAUCGUCCGAAGAACUUUGUGAAGGUACUUGUGAAGAUCGGAAUUUUGCGGAUUUAACUUGCAUCCAGUGUAGCUGUAAUUACUGUUUUGUUUGUGAUCAUAUUGUUCAUUGUCAGGCGAACAAAACUCACAUAAGGACAAAAUUUGUAAAUCCGUCGGAUGAAUUCCUCUCAUGUGAUGAGAUACCAGACGAAUAUUUACCACUAGUUGAAGGAACAAAUACCCCUAAUUACGGAGAGGAUUUGUCUCCUUUGGAUAUCAAAAAAAUGAUGUCCUUAAGUUCCAAUAUUGGUGAUUCAUUACCUGACUUUCUCGAACACGAGUUGGAAUCAAAAUAUAAAUGCAAGAAUGCUCCGAAAGAACCCAAGAGCUUUUUACUUAUUAAUGAGAAAGAACAGCUUCAGGUUAAAGAUGCUGAACAAUUUAUAGAAUAUUUAGGUUGUGGCAAUAAGCAUUUAAAAGUUGUUUCUAUAUUUGGAAAUACUGGUGAUGGAAAAUCAUAUACCUUAAAUCAUACUUUCUACAAUGGAAAAGAGGUUUUCCAGACAUCUGCAGCUCAAGAAUCCUGUACUGUUGGAGUGUGGGCAGCAUACUGCCCUUCCUUGGGUAUUAUUACAAUAGAUACAGAAGGAUUCCUGGGACAAGCAUCAAAUCCAAACAAAAGAGCUCGGAUGCUGCUUAAGGUGUUGGCAAUUUCUGAUAUAGUAAUUUAUCGCACACGUGCUGAGCGACUUCACAAUGACAUGUUUUCAUUCUUGGGUGAUGCAUCUGCAGCAUAUACAAAGCAUUUUUCACAAGAAUUAGAAGAAGCAUGCGCCCGGUGUAAUGUGGAUGGACCUUUGUCAAUUUUGGGGCCUGCUGUUAUUAUCUUUCAUGAGACUCAGUAUACUGAAGUCUUGUCUAAAAAUGAUAAUCUUGAACCUGAAUUGUACUUGAGAGCUAAAUUUCAAGACAAUGGACUUAAAGUAGAUGCUUUCAGUAGUAUUGAGUACUUGGGUAUCUGCAGCAACUCGGGGAAAACCAAUUUUGACAAGCUUAGACAGAAAAUUGAAAAACAUGUUCAAAAUUCUACUGUUCGAGUUCCCAGAGCACCAGGAGUUAUUUUUAAAGUUUUGAAGGCAACUCUAAAAAUGAGACGUUUGGAUCGUACUUUGAGGAAUUUCUUAAGUAAAUCCACCUAUGUUUUAAAUGAAAAGUUUAGUGGAAAUAUUGACAAAGCUAUUCCUAAUACUUUUCCUGACCAGUAUUUUACUUGCUCUGCCCAUUGUAAAUCUUGCAAAUCUCGUUGCACCAAUAGUAUGAAUCAUGAAAAAGAUGAUGUACCUCAUGCAUCUUCUACUCAAUGUGUCUAUCAACAUCAAUUUGAGAACAGAAUAUAUUUGUGCAAGGUAUGUUAUGAGAGAGGAGAAAAAAUUGUAGUUUCCCCAAAGCUUAUGGAGGACAAUGAUUCUUCAUGGUUAGGCAUUGCAAAGUUUGCUUGGGCUGGAUAUAUCCUUGAGUGUGCCAAGUGUGGAGUAAUAUAUAGAAGUCGUCAGUAUUGGUAUGGCAAUCAAAAUCCGUGGGAAACUUGUGUUCGCACUGAAAUCUGUCAUGUAUGGCCUCAGCUUGAUGGUUCUACACCUGCACCACAAAAUACUGCUCAAUAUGUUAUAGAUAAUUUGUCAACUGUAUCUGAAAUAGUCACUACUUUAGGGGCCAAGCCAACCAAAGUUCUUUCUAGCUGGGUUGCUGAUCAGAUUGCUCCUUCAUAUUGGAUUAAGAAUUCUAAUAUAAGUCAUUGUGGUUAUUGCUCCAAACAAUUUGAAGAUCUCGAAACCAAACACCAUUGUCGAAUGUGUGGAGGUGGAUUUUGUGAAGAAUGUGCUUCAGAAUCGAAAGUUGUUCCAACAUGGGGCUCCUCACCUGUUCGUGUGUGCAAGAAAUGCUUUCAGAAUGAUUGUGAAAAAGGCUUUGUUGCAGACAAUGUUUCGAAUGUGCAGAAUCUCCAUAAUCCUCCAGAAGUAACAGUUCGUAAAAUUGGUGAAGCUGUGCAUACCACGUUAGGAACAAUGGCAUCAGCUGUUAGUUAUCCUCUAGGUUUUAUAAAAGACUCAGCUCGCCCAUCUUAUUGGGUUCCUGACCAUGAAUUAACUCACUGCCAUGUAUGUAAAACAGAGUUUGGACCUAAAGUGUCCAAACACCAUUGUCGAGCAUGUGGUGAAGGUGUUUGUCAAGACUGCUCCAAGUCUAGAAAACCGGUGCAUUCCAGAGGGUGGAAUUACCCUGUACGUGUUUGUGAUACCUGCAUCAGCAGUGAAGAAUGAAUUUUGGAAUCCUCAGCUAUGUUCAAUUAAAAAUAAAACUUUAGUACAUUGUAUAUAUUUGUACAUUGUAUGAAUUUUCUUGACAUUGUAGGAAAAGGAAUAUGCUAUUUGCAAUGAGUAUGUUGAUAUGACUUAUGACUGCUUAUCAUUUUAGAGAGCUUUUUAGUUUUUAUCUCCUCCCCUUCACUCUUUAAAAAACAGUUGCAGAAACAAUGUAAAAAAUUCUACAGGAAUUUUUAUUAUCUGUAUAUCAAACAGAAUAUUUUAUUGCCUUAUGAUUGUGAGGGGGGAUAAUUAAGUUCCUUAUAAAAUCAUUGCAUUUUUUAAUACUGUAAUAAUAAAUAAUUUAAUAUCACAAUAAUAUAUUUUUAAACUUUUCUAUUAAGAAAAACCAUUUCUUUAAUUUACUAAAAAAAUUUAAACUUAGAGAUUGCAUGAAAAUAUUCUUAAACAAGCAUGUCAAAUUAGAAGGUUAGUUCAGGCAGAAUAAACAAAGUGGAAGAUUACGUAAUAUUAAGGGACUUAAAUUAUUAGAAGAAAACAAAACUAGUUUAUUUCAAAAGUAAAGCAUAAAAGUUAUGUAAUUAUGAAAGAAAUAAAAUAAAACAUAAAAACUAGUUACAAAUAUUUAUAAUCAUAUUUUUUGUUCUAGUUUUAAUUUGAAUCUUGAUAAACUAGAAGCUAAAGUUUUGCCUCUGGGCUUGGGAGGUAUUAUGCCUUUGAGAAAAUCAACGAAUAGACAUGUUCCCAGAAUCUUGUUUAGAACUUUGUCUUGUUCUAUAUUGGGAUUAAUUGAUAAUUUUUUUUUUUAAUUUUCUAAUUCGCUUAACUAAUAAUCGAAAUCUUGAAAUAGGUGAUUUUAACUCACCAAACCUUGUCAAGCAUAUUUAUAUUUAUUUCUUAAGAAGCCAAAAAGGUAGCUUAUUUAUUACUUUUUGUACAUAACACUUCUUGAUGUAUAAUAUUAUGUAAUAAAUCUUGUAAAGCAACAAUUAAUUUUAUUUUAAUAAAUUUAAUUUCUUUAAAUCAAAUUGUUCUUAUUAAGCAAUAUAAAUGAAGGAUACAAAUCUAAUAAUCUAAUAGAUAUUAUAGUAAGUAUUUGAUUACUGUAUAAAUAUUUGUGCUAAAAAUGAAUGAAAUAUUUCAAUUUUGGACAUAUGUCAUCAUUUCAUAGAUACCUUAUGAAUAAUCAUUUAUUAACAUGUUUUCUUAUUAAUGGUCAAUAAAUAUUUGUACAUUUUUUUAAUUAUUAGAAUAUUUUUAAUGAAGUUGCAUUACAGAAUUUUCAUUGAAACAUUUUAUAUGGGUGGAUUUUCAAAUGAGUUUGACAUGCUUCGUGUUGAAUCUUAAAAUUUUUGCUUUUUUAAUUAUACGAAUGAUCAAUUUAUAUAAAAUCAGGAUCAUAUUAAAUCAGAAAAUGUUUGCGAAUUAAUCAUCAAUUAUAGUAACACUUUUAUUGCGAGUGCAAAAAUAAAUUAUCUAUUUUUGUGUUCCAUACUUCUGUUUAUAUUUUAAUAAUAUAGUCAUACUUAAUUCAGUUUUAAUAUUAGAUUACAUAGAUUGCUAAAUAUUUAAUUUUUAUUUUAUCCAUUAAGUUAUUACAAAAAAAAAAAUAUCUUGGGGGUUUUAUGCCAUAAUUUCUGAGCAGGAAUGUUCCUUAAAAUCUAGAUGUCAGUGUUUGAGAUAUAUAAAGAAAAUUAUUUUAAUUGUGAUAGAAAUCUAUUUUUCUAAAACUGUGCAGUUGAGGACUGUGAAGCAUAUGCAAUCUUUAUUUAUUAAAUAUUAAUGGUGCAUCUUUUUAUUAUAUAUAAAUCAUUCUUUUUAUAUCAGUCUUCUUGUAUACUGAGUGAUAAAGAAAUUUCUCUUUUAACACUUUGUAGGAAGUGAAUAAACAUAUGCUAUCACUAAAGUAUAGGAACUGAAUUAAGCAUUGUGCAUUAUUGGAUUUUAGAUGUAUUAUUUGGGUAAUGGUUUAUUUGAGGAUUUAGUUUUGAAAGGAAGACCAAAGUCAUAACUAUAUUAAAUUUAUCUUUCCUUUCAUUUCUUCGCUAUUGUUAGAAUUAUGCCAUAGCCUAGACAAUUUCUACAAAAUAUAUUAUGUUGUGAGAAACAUGAAAAAAUUUAGUAUAUUCUAAAUUAGUAGAAAAUCUUAUUUUAAAAUUUAAUCUUAUGUAUUAUUAUUGUUAAUUAAAAAAUAAAUUCUAACUCCAAUUGAAGGUCCAGUUUGUAAAAAAAAAAAAAAAAACUGUUUAAGUUUUGUUCAAAAAGGUUUUUGUUCAAUUUAAAAUGUAAUUUUGCUUGCAAAUUGAUAAAAUUGAUGGCUAUCCAUCUUGGAUUUGCAGAAAUAUUCUGCUAACAAUGUGUUAAAUUUUAUGUUUACAUGCUGUAAUGCAAUUCAUUUUGGUUGUAAUGAACAUAAUGCCCAUUUGAUGAUGAUUGGUGAAUAAACUUUCCAGUGAAAGUUAAUGUAUAUUAUUUUUUAAAAAAUAUUGCCAUCUUUUGUAACAAAAAUAAGAUUCCAUAAGCUGUUGUACAGUUGUAAAUAAUUAAAUUUUAGAAUUAGUCUUGGAUUUGUAAAUAUAUUAUUGUAUUAUUCUUUUUAAUAUUCACUAUAUUAUGCAUUUUAGACCAAAAUAUUCUUAGAAUGAAGUUGAACUAAAUUACUGCUUAGUAUUUAAUAAUUUUUUAUAGUUCGUAUCGUAAUAAAAAGAAUUUCAGGUUAUAAGAAAAAAGUUCUGAAAAGGAAUCAAAUCAAACUUAUCUUGAAUGUGUUGCACCAAUUUAAUUUGGGAAUUCAUUCUGCACUUUGUUGGUAAGAAAAAGAAUGUGAUAUCAAAACAGUGUGUGACCAUGUGCAGCUAAACAUUAAGCGAUAAUAAUUGUAUAGUGAUAUUUGUGUCACUUGAAUUAACUCCAUUCUGUGUGAUACAAGAAUAUUGUUAAAUUUUAGCUUUGACAUAAGGCAAUAUAAGCUUAUAUUAUUAUUAAGCAUUAUGACCUGUUAAAUUGCAGGUUUAAGUGUUUGAGUACUCAGGCAAAUAUUUGCUGAGCAUUUGUAUUGAUGUAACAUAACUGCAUAGAUGAUUGCAAUGUUGCUAUUGUUCUUGCAGGUUUUGUCAGAUAAGGUUAGAUAUAAAAUAAAAUGAAGUACAAAUAUGCUACUUAAUGCCAUUUUUAUAUUAAAUGAUUCUACAUCUAUAAAAUAGCUAAUCAUAUAGCAUAGAUCUAAAUGCAGCAAAAACAUUUCAUAAUAGUUUUAUUAAUGGUCAGUAAUAUUGUUCAAACAUUGUUAACGUUUCAUGAUAACAGCAAAUAUGGUUUUAUUUUGGUUUGAUAUUUAAAAAAAUGAUAUAAAUUGAUUAUUUAAAUAAAUGUUAUUACUGUUUUAAAAAGACAAAAGCAUCAAUAAAACCAACCCAGAUGUGAAAGUAAAAUUCAAAACUAAAUGUUAUUUUAUUUUUCAAUAUAAGAACAAUCAAAAUUGCUUGUGAAACAAAAGUAUUCAGUGACUGUAUAUAGGUCAUUAAUCUGUCAACAACAAUAAUAAUGUGUAUGUGUAGAAAUUAGAUUAUAUAAUAAAUUCUAACUACAGUUACACAUUAUAUCAGUGGAGAUAGGAAAAUGUAUUCUUCUAGAAUGUUCCCCAUCUGGUAGAGUUAAUUAAAGAAUUUGGUACAAAAUUGCAACCGAAUUAGAAAAUUUUUAUAAUGAAUCAGUUUUAUUUUGAUUAGAAAUGCUUUAAUAAAUAAGAUUAUAGUAUUUUUAUGAUUGCUUAAAAAGAAAUAAAUUGAUUAGAAAAGGCAAGAGUAAAAAAAUUUUGAAAAAAAAAGAGAGAGAGAGAUGGGAGGCAGAAUUUUGACUAAUUUUUUCCAAAACCAGAAACAUAUGGUUAAAAAUUAGCAAUGAUAAAAGUAAUUAAGUUAUUUAUAAAUGCAAAAUGUUUGUGUUGAAAAUAAUUGAUUUCCUUUGCUCACAAAUAAAUUAAAUAGCAAAUUUUUUAAUUUUUUGUUUUAAAACUAUUUUAAACCAAUUCUUUUUGGGAGUAUUCUUUUAAGCUUAACCCUUUGACUACACAUUUAUUUGAAACAACUUUUGUAUUUGAAGUGCAUUUAAUUUUUUGAACAUGUGAAAGCAGUAGCUUUUAUAUAAGAAUUCAUUUAUUUCUUAUUAUUAAGAAUAUAUACAACAUGAUAUUGAGAUAAUUUAAGCAAAUUAGAAUUACAAAAAAAAAAAAAAAAAAUAUGGAAACACAAAUUCAAACAAAUAUGGAAGGUUCUGAUAUGUCCAUAUUUGUUUAUACCAAAUAAUUAACCCAAUGGAUCCAAAGGGUUAAUAUUCAUUUUUAUUUUUUAAAUUCCUAUGCUCAGAAACAUAUUUGUAAUAGAAAAUUGUUCUAAAAGAUUGUAUAUGAUUGUUAUUUAUAGUAAAAUAAGCCAUUCUUAUUUGAAAUUUAAAUGGAUUCCAUUAUUUCUUUUCUAUUUUGAUUUAUUAUCCAUAUUAUUUGCAAAGUAUGAAUUUUUAUGAUUUCUAGUAAAUGAUUUUCAUAAGAUAAACCUGUUUUGCUUAUCGAGAUAAAAGUGAAAUAGUUUUACAUUAUUCAAUUUGUUUCUGCUUUUUAAUUUUUGUAAAAUUUUCUCUUUAAACUUUUAUUUGUUUAGAAUCCACACUUCUUUUAAAAUUUCAGUUUUUGUGGAAACUGGUAUUUGAAAUGUAAUUAAAUGGAACUGUGUAUUAAAUUAAAACAUACUAUAUUUCUUUUAAAAUUAUUGGAUUAUAGAUGUUAAAAAUAUUUUUGUCUUGCUGUUUGUGAAGAAUUUUAUAAAGGAUACAUUGAAAACAGAAUAGGUUUAUAGUUUUGUAAAAUUCUGCAUAUGUAUAUAAGUUUGUAAAAUUUUUAUGAAUGAUACAGAAUUCACAACUAUUAUUUAAAUAGGCAUAAUGAGACUGAAAUAUGAUAUUUUUUGCAAUAUCUUCCCAAAUGCUGUGACAUUCCCAAUAUCUUAGAAAUUUAUUUUUAAAAUAAUACAUUCUUAGGUACUUGUUUAUUUUUACAGUCCCACAAUAAGUUGACAAAAAAAUAUUAAAUCAUCUCCAAUUUGGCGACUGUCUACUCAGUAUUGGCGAUCUUGUUAGCAUCUGAAAAUAGGCAACAUCUAAAGAAAUUUAAGUUCUGACUUUCUUUAAGAGGUGUUGAAAUAGCCAAGUAAACAUAGAAAUGUAAUUAUCUUAACAGUUUAUGUAUAAUGGAAUUUGGCAAUUUUGGUGUAAUUUCAAAAUCCAUAAGUACACCCAUUAUCAUGGUGUAAUCUGCAAAUCGCCAAAUCAAGCUGGAGGUCAUAAAAAUAAACAAUUACCAAUAUUUAUUACUCAAUAAGCAUAUUUUAAUUGUACUUAAUGCAAAAAAAUUAACUAAUUUUGACAAUAAAAUGAAAGGCAAGUAAUGAAUAUUGUACUGUCACUUGAAUAUUUUUGCAGAAAAGUGAGAGCUUCUGGAUUGUUCAUAAUAGGUUUUAAUCAUGAAGUUAUGAUAAAUUGUUUUACUGAUAUGCAUUGCACUGUAUUUUAAACUAGUUAAUAAACAUAAGUUUUAAGAUUUUUCUUUUCAA